ACCGUAAACUGCGCCGAAAUAAGGAAGCUGGAAAAAAUCUACUUCGAAAAACUGUACAAGAACACUCUGAAACCGAAGGACCAACUCGACUACGGCUGGGCCCUGAUGCGAAGCAAAUUCAUCAACGACAUACAAAAAGGCAUCAUCCUAAUCGAAGAACUGUACAAAACCGACAACGAGAACAAACGUGAGUACUUGUAUUACAUGGCCGUGGGCAAUGCGAAGCUGAAGAACUACUGCACCGCCGUCACCUACUUGAACACCUACUUGGCCAUGAAGCCGGAAUGUGCGAAGGUACAGAAGUUGAUGGAGGCCAUCAAGAGGGAGGUCAAAUUGGAUGAGCUGAAGAGCUGGUUUAUGGCUGUGGGUGUUGCCAUAACCGUAACCGCUCUUGUGGGCCUCGGAAUGAACCUAGCCAGCAGAAUUAGAUUUUAACCCCAUUUUAUACUAGUUUUUAUAAAUUUACAGUUAUUGAUUGUCAUUUUGUGUAAACCAAAAACAAAAAACAAUAUAUUAAUUUUGACUUUUGUCAACACUUGUCACUUAUUUGUCGUUCGUCGAGUUUGAUCUUAUCAGAGAGACAAUGGUAGACUCGCUGGACGAAACGGUGGACCCGGAGGAGCUCAAGCUGUACGAGAGGAUCUACCACGAGAAGCUUCACAAGAAGGCCGUCACCCCGAAGGUGCAGUUCGAGUACAGCUGGUGCCUGGUGCGUAGCAAGUACGCAGCUGACGUCCAGAAGGGGGUGCUCCUGCUGGAGGACCUGUACAAAACCGACACCACCAGACAAAGGGACUACCUCUAUUAUCUGGCCAUAGGGAGCGCCAGACUCAAGGAAUACACCAAGGCCAUGCACUACUCCAGACUGUUCCUGACCGUGGAGCCGGAGAAUCGGCAGGUACAAACUUUGCAGCAAACGAUCAAAACCAGGAAGGAACGGGACGGGCUGAAGGGCAUGAUGAAGGCCGGCGGCGUUGUUUUGGCCAUCACCGCCAUUGUGGGUGCCGGCAUUGCAAUCGCCAACAGGCUCAAACCUUAGUCUACCAUAUUAUUACAUUAUACACUUGUUAUAUCACUGACUAUUAUUACAAAUAAAUUAUCUGUGCGGGGGCA